GAGGCAGCGCCCGCCUUCGGCGCCAUCUUGCCGGCGCCGGGAGGAGCGGAACGGAGCGUAGCGGCGGGCAGCGAGUCGCCGUGCCGGCCCCGCCAUGCCGCACUACCAGGCCUGGGAGGAGUUCACUCGCGCCGCGGAGAAGCUCUACCUCGCCGAUCCCAUGAAGGUGCGAGUUGUUCUCAAAUAUCGACACUGUGAUGGGAACCUCUGUAUCAAAGUAACGGAUGAUGUAGCUUGCUUGCUGUAUAGAACAGACCAGGCGCAGGACGUAAAGAAGAUUGAGAAAUUCCACAGUCAGCUAAUGCGACUCAUGGUGGCUAAGGAAUCCCGCAGUGCUGCCAUGGAAACAGACUGAACUGCUGCAAAUAAAUGAGUGCUCCGCUCGUAUCUCACUGGAAGAAAAUAUCUCUUGGAUUUGAACCAAUAGUGGGACAGAGAUGCUUUCACAUACCGAAGUGGACUGUUGAAAAGUCCAGAGCAUCUUCCUCCCCAGGCUCCGCUUUGGAAAACUAGGAAAAUAAAUGCUUUCAAUUGAAAGCUUGUAUUUAUUUUUGGGAAUUGAACAAGAAACUAUUCUUACACACUAAGUAUGCUAAGAAGACAAACCUUUACAAAUCUACAGUACUUGUGUGUGAAUUUGAUGGGCCACAAGCAUAUUUCUGGAAAGCUGUAAUAAAAUUCCAUAUAGGUUUUGUUGUGUUCCUAUGUUAUGCUGAUGUAUUCUCAGAGUGAGAAGAUUUAUUAAUGUAAUACUGUAGCGUGAUUAAUGGAUCUAAUAAAUAUUUACAUAAAUAAUAUACUUCAGUGGAGUUUAGAAGAAUGGAUGCUUUCUGAGCUGAAAUGUUAAAGUUGCCAAGGUAUAUUAACACUGCCACUAGCAAGAUUUUAGCUUUUAGUAUUAUUUUGGUCACACAUUGUGUAACAUUAUCAGCAAUACAUUUGUAGAACCCUUAUAUUGGGUAAAUAAUUAAACUUCUCUAUUUGAAACGUUAAGUAACACUUAGUUUCAUACAGUUACCUAGCAAUAAUCAAGCAGUUUCUUUUCUGGUUAGGCAAAGAUUGAUAUAAAAAACUUUUUUUUUCAGUACUUGAACUAUUGCAUACCAGAAGGGGGGACCUUUCCCAUCCCCACCUCAGACAAUGAGGAAGUAUAUCAGCAAGACAAAUUCUAGAAGCUGUUGCCUAUUAUGUUAAUAGAAGAACGCAGCUAAACACUACCCAGAGUCAUCAUUUUUAGCUGCUUGUGAACUGCGCAUUUCCAAAUGUUACAGGGGGCAGAUGGAUGUCAGCCAGCUGAACAGAUGGAUGAAAACCAGCCUAAUAAAUACCACUGUCAAAGAUAGACCAAUGCCCACACGGCCUAGACUUUUUUCUCACAGUUACCUCUGAUAGGAGGAUAAAAACUUUGUCUUUUGCAAAAUGCUUUUAUGCUUGACAAUGGAGUAGCUGAAAUUGAUACUGCUUUGACUGGACAACGCAUACUUUUAAAACCACUUUUUUUUUUAAUGUAAAUAUGCUACUGGUGUACUGUAUGCCCAGACUAAUGUUUCUGCUUAAAUCAAGCCAUGAAAACAAACCAGAGCCAUAGAAAGACUUGUCUGUGCUAGCAUUUAAAUAGGCAAAGCAAUCCACUUCAAUGUGGAUGACCUGUUGUCACUGACAUUAAAUAAGCAUGGUCUACUUAGAAGCAACAGACUUCUCACAUUUGCUGAGGAGUCUAACACAAAACACAGGCUUGGCUGUUGCAUUAGAGUACCCACUCAGCUGGUCGUGCAGUGUUGCGUACUGUUGGAAAGCACUUGGGUGCUAAAUUGCCAGUGACUGCUCCAGCUCUAGUCUGGAGGAGUGACCUACAUGUAAUGUUUUUGGAUUGGCUUUUGAAAUACAGAUAAAUCCAGAGAGAAAGCUAGACUUUGUUAACAAUUAAACUGUAGUAAGAUGCUGUGAUGCUGAGAAUCUUCCUCGAUGCUCCAAAUUAUUGUCUUAAUAUUUGCAAUACAGCCUGUUAAUUAAGCUAUUUUUAAUCUGUAGUAUUGUUCUGCAAUUUGUACAGUUGCCAUAUAGAAGUCACACAAGUGAAGCUUUAUGCUAUUAGCUUGGCAGGUGCAAAGGCUGCUGCUAUCUCAGUGUGAUUUUUGGCCACCUUAUAAAUUGGUUUGGCACAUAGAUGUCCUCUGUGAGCAGAGGUACAGAGAGAUUUGAUGGUAUUUGCUCGUGCACAGAGGAUAGAAGUAAAGAAAGAGCUGCAGGUAAACUUUAUGCACCAAGGGGCUGAAAGGCUUGAACUAGAUACCUGAGGAAGUUUUAAAGGGGGAGUACUGGUGACUCACGGAGGGCGGGAUUACAGUGCUGUACUAAAUUAGCAGUUGUCAAGAAAAAGAGGCAGGAAAAUCAGUUUCUAGUUCUCCGGAUUCAGAAAUUAAUCCUGUAAAACCACAAGGAAAUAUUAAUGCUGCAUUCUUAAAGGUGAUGUUUUGCUUGUUCUCUGUAUACUUGCAGGAAAAUGAAGAUGGCACUAUGCAAGUACAAUAAAAACAUUGCCAAAGCUAUUGCUUAAAAAAUAAAAGCCUUUAGAAACUCAA